UUCAACACUCACCCACUGAAACAUUUAAACAAUAUGACUCUCCCAAUAAACUUGUUCGGUCCACUAUUAACAAUGAUAAAUGUCUUAGACAAUUUCUAUUUUGAAUGGAGUUAGUUUUAGUUACAUAGCAGUAGGCAUAUCAUGACCACAGGAACCCCAAWGAUCAAUGAAYAAAUCAGUCAUAUAUGUCAGCGGACUACUGUUUGAUUGUCAAACAAAAUGGCGGGUUUUGGUGAUAAUUCUCGAGUGAAGGGUGUAACUGUGGUUAAACCGAUCGUKUAUGGKAAUAUUUCGCAUUAUUUUGGCAAGAAACGYGAGUCGGAUGGCCAUACACAUGGCUGGACCGUGUAUUUGAGACCGUUCAAAAACGAGGAUAUGUCAAGUUAUGUCAAGAAGGUUCAUUUCAAGCUUCAUGAAAGCUAUCCCAAUCCACUUCGAGUUGUGACAAAGCCACCUUAUGAAGUCAAUGAAUCAGGAUGGGGAGAGUUUGAAAUCACUAUUAAGAUUUUCUUUAUGGAUCCACAAGAAAGACCAGUCACACUGUACCACCUUCUGAAGCUUUUCCAGACAGAGUCAGCUUUAGCAUCUGGUAAAAAACAACUAGUGGCAGAGUUUUAUGAUGAAAUUAUAUUCCAAGAUCCCACGCAAAUGAUGCACCAGUGCUUGCUGAGUACUAAACAGUUGCAACCAACAAAACACGAAAAAGAUUGGCAAGAAACCGAGCAACGAACCAUCAAUGCAAUAUCUACAGCAAGAUCAAAAAUCGGUAAAGAAAUCAGUCAAUUAAACGAACGGUUAAAA